GAACAGGUAUAUAUACCCUUGCAACUCACCUCUGUUGCAUCAGGUCCUUCCAGUCCUUCAAGGAACGAGAUCUGUCCCUCUGUGUGAGAAGCUCUAGCAAUGGCAGUCUUCAAGUUCAACCUGGCAAUAGCUCUCGGGCUUUUGGCUGCUGUGAGCGUUAAUGCUCUCCCACCCUUACCAGACAUACCCUGCGCCGCUGACAACUUAGAAUGCAAGUGUCUCGGCAUCCUGAAGCCCCCACGCAACGAAACUGAUGGCGGCCUGAUGGGAAAAGCUCUUAAAGACUGCGCAGAGAAAUUACAGGUCACCAUCCCCCCUCCACCAGCGGGGGCACCACGCUUCCCACCUCGUCUGGAAGGCAUGACACAAGAGUUCAAGGACUGCGUAAGGGAUAACUUUCUCACCAGUUUAGCAGUUAUGAAAGACGGAGUCAUCAACGUUGCAGACAUGCAAGCCAAGUUCAAGGAAAAGAUCACCGCCAACAAGAAGCCAGAUACCACUGACGCUCAAAUCCAGAAAAUCGUCGAUGCCAUUCCAGGAUGCGUCACGAGUAAUGGAGGAGCAUCUGCUCUCAAGAUGCGCGAUUUCAUUAAAUGCACCAAGAACGCCUGCGUGACUGCACUGACUGCUUAGUGAGGGGUCAGUAAGAAGUCUCUCCCACCACUAGGAUCACCGGCAUUGAGGUUUUGGAACCUGCACAUGGAACCUGGGCCCAGUGCAAUGACCUGGCUUUGAUUGAUUAGUUACUGUUUGGAAGUCUUCAAAAAUAUCUUGAAAAAUAACUUUUGCUAUGAACUGAUAACUCUACACAUCUCCUAAUUACCACUGUUAGCUCAUUAAAAUUUUGGCAUUAUUA